AAUACAAACACCAAGACCCACCACCACACCACACGCCCCGGAGUCCCCACGCGAGUCGAUCAUCACAUCUUUUCCAAGCACCCACGCGACAAUGGCAGAGAACGGGGCUCGUGGCUCGCGCCAGACCAACUUCUGGAACGUUGGUACACAGGGACGGAAAACGGGAAUCACAGUUGAAGACACCGGAAAACGCGAUGCACACGGCUUCGAGGACAUGGACAACUUCUUCUCGCCGGAGAAAGCAGAGCUACCACCGCCGCCAGCGCCGAAACCGGCACCAGCAGCGGGAGGGGGGAUAUUCCGCGGCCACUCGGCAGUGCCCUCCUCUACAGGCAAUGAAAAAACUGCGACGGAGGGGUCCAUGGCGGUUGCUGAAAGUAGUGGAUUAGAGCCCAAAGAGGCGCGCGCGUUCCAGAUGCGACAGGCGUCGUUGCCCCCGUAUAUUUCACGGUCGCCGGGGAAUUUUACGGUUUCGGGUUCCCCCAGACGCGGAUCUUCGAUUGGACCCAGGAGCUCGCCGACGCGACAGCUGGAUAGUUCGCCUAUACGCUCGUCGUCGCCGAAUAAGAAGCUUGAUUUUGGAGUUGCGAAACGUGCAGCGAGUGUGAGUAGUGUGUUGGGCUCGCCGAUACGAACGAUGAUUGCACCGCCGAAAGCGAAUGGAAGGGCUACGUCGGUGGGUCCAGCGGUGCCGGAGAAGCAGGAGAUGUCCAAGCCCAGGGAGCGUGAGAUGAGCAACCCGCCGAGGGAGCACGAAAGAUAUGUGGCUCCAGUGGCAAUGAUGGCUACGAAUUCGCAGCCUUCGAAGCGACCGCCGGUAGUGGAAAUGAUCGCGGAAGAGGAUGAGAUGAAGACGGAAGAUUCAGAAGUCAUGCAGUCUUCACCGGUCCAGAAGAAGAAGCCUGCAAAGCGUGGGUUGAUCUCUGCGAAGACGGUCGCAAAGCCGUUUAUCUUUGACGACGAUGACACCGAGGAGGAGGAGGAGGAGGAGGAGGAGGAGGACACAACAAAUGCCAACGGAGACGCGACGAACGGGAGAGAUAGCAUAGAUGAAGCGGUAUCAAAGAUGCUGGAUAGCACCCCAGAGCCACCAUCAAGAGAUGCAGAUGUGGUUAUGUCCGAUGCUCCCGAUGGCGAUGACACACAAAUAGAAGACUCACCAGCACCAUCGCCGGCAAAACCCAACCAAAGAGCCAAAGCCCGCAAAACUCCUACCCCCGAACCAAAACCGCAACCUACACCAACGCCCGAGUCAGAGAACGAAGCCGAAACAGAGGAGUUGGAACCCGUCAAGCUCCAGACCAAGAAACGACCUGAACAGAAGAAGGCGGCACCAGCGCCUGUGUCCGAGCUGACGCCAGAAGCCGAAGAGGAGGAGGAGGAUAGUGACUCGGGGCCGGAUGUGAUCGAGCCCAAGGCAUUCCAGAAGCGGGCACCUGCGAAAAAGCCGGCUCCAGCCAAAGCCAAGAAGGCACCCGAGCCUGAACCGGAAUCGGAACCGAUGGAGGAAGAGGAAGAGGAAGUCGACGAGGAUGACUUGGAACCCAAGAAGUUCAGUUUUUCGAAACGACCAGCUGUCAAGCCCGCGGCAGCUAAAGGAAGGAAGGCGCAACCCCGGCCCGAACUGGAAGCUGAAGAGAAGGUGCAGGAGCCGGUAACACUCAAAUUCAAGAACCGGACGGCCAAAGCCAAACCCGUCAAGGAGGCGGCGCCUGUGUCUGAGGCUGAAUCAGAAGUCGAAGAAGAGGAGCAGGAAAUGACUACUUCUAAGAAACGCCCCAAUGGCAAAUUUGCAUCAGGCAGAGGGAAGAAGCCAGUAUCCCAACCCGAACCUGAACCGGAGGCGGAAGAGGAAGAAGAGGCGGAAGUAGUUGUUCCGACUAAGAAGCAAAGCAAGCCAAGGAAGAAGUUGACAAUGAAAACGUCGUCCCGCGCUACUAAGAAAGCUGUAUCGCAGCCGGCACCGAAGCAAGAAGCAGAGGAGGAGGGGGAGGCACCUCCCGUACCACCGAUAGCACGACGAGGAGGAAAAGCCCCGAAGAAGGUGCCGACCCCAGAAUCUGAGGAGGAAGAUGAGCCCGCACCUAAGCCCGCGAAGCCUACACCAAAAGGCAAAGGUCGGGGGAAGGCGAAGGUUGUCGAAGAAGAACUCAAGUCUGAGUCCACGAAACCUGCAGCAAAAGCUAAAGGUAGAGGAAAGAAGGUUGUUGAGGAACAUGAACCCGAGCCUGAGCUUGAGAAACCUGUGCCGAAAGCUAAAGGUAAAGGAAAGGCGCCCAAAGCACCGGAACCCGAACUUAGCGAGUCAUCCUCUCAAUCAGCAAGGAGGUCGUCCACGGCAAAGGCGAAACCAAAGGAUGUCCCUCAAGAUGAUGAAGAGCCGCCCAAAAAGAAAGCUCGGUCUAGAGGAAAGGCACCAAAGUUAACCAUGCCGAGCCGAGUAUCCCCCCAAAGACGAAGCAAUGUUCCAGCCCGCAAACCCGUCCCUGCACCUGAAGAGGACGAACAAGAGCCGAUGGAUGUGGAUGAGCCCGAGGUGGAUGAGGAACCCGCGCCGCCGCCCCGAAAAGGCAAAGUCAAAGGCAAAGCUCCUGCUGCUGUUGCUAAGAAGACCGCGCCUGCCGAAGCGCACGGGUCACCAACUGCCAAGGAAACCCGUGGAACUCAACGAAUCAUCCGCGAGAAGCCACCUCCAGCACCUCGACAGCAGUCCGCCGAUGAGGAAGGUUCUCGGCGUUCCGGUCGUGCCCGCGUCGCACCUCUCCAGUACUGGAAGGGAGAAAAGGCCGAGUAUGCACUCGCCGAUAUCGAUGAGGAGGAAGACCCUCGGAAGAAGACGAUGCGUAUGCCUCAGCUCGUCGGCGUGGUCCGUAUCGAGAGCGACGAGGAGCAGAAGCCAAAAAGGAGAGCGCCUGCGCCCAAGAAGAAAGCUCCUUCUGCUGGUACAAAACGCAAACGGGUUCCCGAUGGCGAAGGCAGUGACGAUGACUCCGAUCCUGGUGAGCCCGACGUAUGGGAGCACAGCGGCAACAACGACGAAGUAGGUGUCAAGAAGGGCAUCGUACGUGCAUUCCCAACCGUGGUGGAUGACGACGGCGAGGAGCAAAUGGAAGAGGCACAGCUCGCGUUCUCGCGGAACCGGAUGGUCACCGUCGAUGUCGCCAACGGCGAGUUCAAAUUCGUCAAGACCUUCACCGAAGACCACUUCGGCACGGGGAUCAUCGAGAUUCCGCCCGGAGGCGCGAAGAGGCUCAAGAACUCGGGGAAAAUGCAUCUGGUCUUUUACAUGCUCAAGGGACGCGCCACCGUCACUAUUUCUAAGAACAAUUUCCGCGUCGGCAAAGGAGGUCAAUUCAUGGUGCCCAGAGGCAAUCUGUACAGUAUCGAGAACGAGUACGACAAACCGGCAAAGAUGUUUUUCGCGCAAGGCUGCGAGCCGGUUGUGUACUUUGAGGAUGGGGAUUCUUCCGACUGAGCUUUCUUCAUUUCUUGGGUUUCGUUUCGGCGCGUGUUUGUUUGUUGGUCAAUAUCCCAUUUUUUAGUUUUCUCUUUGUGCAGCAGGUUGAUUUGUAUAUCUUGUUUCUUCUCUUUGACUGAGGAUGUUGACACCGGCGGCCGUGGAGAUGCGAUGAGGAGUAUCGGGGCGGUGUUUAUUUUGCUAGAUAUCUCGAUGUGAAAUCACAAAUUACGCAUUGGGGAUUACCUAUCGG